CUGGCUCUAUCUCUACUGCUAUGCCUAUAUCGUGGCCUUCGUCUGCCACCUCGUCACCCCAAAACACACCCCAUCAUAUUUUAACAUCGUUUGCUCCUAAUACCGACAAAAAUGCUCACAUGCGAUCGGCAUCACAGGAUGUCUACGAAGCUCCUACCACUGUAAGACGAUCCUCUGAGAUUUCGUCGUUUGAUGGUUCAGAAUAUGAUACAACCUUGGUCGAUGCAAACCCUGACCAUCAGUCCUCGGAGCAGUCUGUCGAAGAGGCAAAUCCUGACAAGAAACGUCGCAACUUUUUGGAACGCAAUCGCAGAGCUGCUCUAAAAUGCCGUCAGAAGAAGAAGGAGUAUAUUGCUUCAUUGGAGGAUAGCGUGGUACGACUUUCAUCGGAAAACGAGCGACUGCAUGCCCAGAUCCAGAAAAUGAAUCAAAUGUCACAGAUGCCUGCUAUUAUGCCUGCUUACAAAGAUGCCAUAAUCCCGGCCAAUUUACAACUGUAACAAAAUUGAACAUCAUUUUAUGAUUCACCCUCUUGUGAUUUUGUAUUUAUGUUUCUUGUUGAAGCAAUGGUGGUGCUUUCCGUGAAUGGGUAUGGAUCACAUGCUGGCAUAGACGUCCCGCCACUGUCAGCAGAGGCUGAGUCGGAAAUAUUACUUUUAACAUGAAACAAUGAAGUCCGCUGUUGGAUCAUACUUUGCAAAAAUGACAAUAUAUCAUUGUGCGUCCUCUGUUCGUCGCUGUCUUUUAGACGGUACAGGGGUCGUGCGUUGACUUUUCG